GGGAUUUAAACCCGCAACCUUCAGGCACAGGGUUCACGUGCGGGUCUCGUCCCGGGCACCGGGAGACGCCUCCAGGCUGCAGGACUGAGCCGGGACCGGGACCGGGACCCAGACCCAGACCCAGACCCGGACCCGGAGAGACCAGAGAGUGGCCAGUUCAGUUACUGCACCUUUAAGGGAGCGAUGACCUCGUCCCGCCUGUGGUUCACCUGAGUCUCCGGCUGUCCCCUCGUCCCCUGCAGCCACCAUGGAGGCCCUGAACGCCACGCCGGGCGUGUACCGCGGCCCGGAUGCCGGCGCCGCCCCCCCGGCCCCGCCCACCUUCCAGGAGGACCCCAUCAAGCUGCUGAGCGUGCAGGUGGUGUUGAUCCUGGCCUACAGCACCAUCAUCGUGCUGGGGGUUCUGGGUAAUUCUCUGGUGAUCUACGUCAUCUAUCGCUUCAAGACGCUGAGAACGGUGACCAACUUCUUCAUCGCCAACCUGGCAGUCGCCGACCUGCUGGUCAACACGCUGUGCCUCCCCUUCACGCUGGUCUACACGCUGCAGGGCGAGUGGAAGUUCGGCGGCGCGCUCUGCUUCCUGCUGCCGUACGCCCAGGGCCUCGCCGUGGGCGUGUCCACGGUCACGCUCAACGUCAUCGCCCUGGACCGCCACAGGUGCAUCGUGUACCACCUGGAGACGAGGAUGAGGAAGGACGUGUGCUUCGGCGUCAUCGCGCUCACCUGGCUGCUGAGCGCCGUGCUCGCCUCGCCGCUCGCCAUCUUCAGGGAGUACGGCUCCUUCACCCUGGAGCCAGGACACAGCAUCCAGGUGUGCAUGGAGCGGUGGCCGGGCGCCCAGCGCGGCGGCGCCCUGUACGGCGUCUCCGUGCUGCUGCUGCAGUUCUUCCUGCCGCUCGCUGUCAUCUCCUUCGCCUACGCCCGCAUCUGGUCCACGCUGCGCGCCCGCGGCGGCCCGGCGGCCGAGCGCCGGCGCCGGCGCCGCAAGACCACCAGGAUGCUGGUGGCCGUGGUGGCCGUGUUCGCCGUCAGCUGGCUGCCCUUCCACGCCUUCCAGCUCGCCACCGACAUCCACGGCGGCGUGCUGGACAUGCGCGCCUUCCGCCUGCUGUACACCGUGUUCCACGUGGGCGCCAUGUGCUCCACCUUCGCCAACCCGCUGCUCUACGGGUGGAUGAACCGCAACUACCGCGCCGCCUUCCUCGCCGUCUUCAAGUGUGGAGGCGGGGGGGGGGAGAGGGGGCGGGGCGGGCGGGGGGACAGCAUCCACCCCGCCGUGGGAGGAGGAGGAGGAGGAGGAGGAGGAGGAGGAGGAGGAGGAGGCCGGGCCAAGAGGAAGAAGAAGAACAAGGAGGUGGAGACCCAGGACGUAGCCUCCACCCACCUGAACGCCACCGAUGUGUGA